AUGGAGCGCCGUCUUCUGGAUAGGCUUGAUGACGUGGAGAAGGAGCUUCGACGCUCGCAUGCGGGGUCGGCGUCACCAUCAGCUCCUCGCGCUGCUCCCGUCGUCCCUCUCUCUGCGCUCUUGCCCCACAAUCCCUUUGGAUCCCCGGCGCGUUCAGAGCGGCCGCUGCCUGUGGGGAUGGGCUUCGUAGGUGCAGGUGGCGGGCCGCCGUGGGCUCAGUUUGCUCCGCCGCGUCCUCUUCCUGCUCCGCGUGAUCUCGCCGUGUCGUCUCACCGUGCCCGCGCGUCUGCGUUACUUCCGCCGAUGAAGGAAGUUCCCACGGCGACCCUGGCCCGCUUAUGGUCGCUGGCGGCGUCCCUGCAGAGCCUUGAGUGGAUUCUCCAGGAGUCAUUUGACUCCAUGCCGGCGAUGAAGAGGGUGGAGGCGUAUGAGCUAGAGGAGCUGAGGGACAGCAAGAUGCCAGCGGUCAGUGAGGAGGCGAUAGUGGACUUUGCAGACCUGGCUCUGGACUGCAUCAAGUCUCCCGGCACACGGCGACCCACCAUGAAGGAUGUGGCAUACCGCCUCAGUGCCCUCAUUGCCAAGCACUGCCCCGACAAGGAGGACGAGUGGGAAAGUGUUGCGAGAGACGAGAGUGCAAGCAACGAGGGUGUGUCUUCAGGAGAUGUUCCUGCUGUGUCGUUUGGAGAUGGUGGGAGGGAGCCCGAGGGGUCUGAUGGCUCACACUCUGCACCACUUGAAAGGAGGACCCCUGGGCUGGCUGUGCGAGAAGCGGCGAUGCUGCGGCACGAGCACCUGGUGCAGUUGCUGGGGUACUGCAUGGACUACAACAUUGCCACAGGCCACCUGGAGCAGAUCCUUGUCUACGAGUUCGUCCCCCACGGCAACCUCUCCAACUACCUCCACUCUCCUCCUGGUGCAACUCGAGUGUCCCUCUCCUUUGAGGAGCUCGUAUGCAUUUCACUGGGUGUGGCGGAAGGGCUGGCAUACCUCCACCACUCGCUCUAUCCUCCUAUCGUGCAUCGCGAUGUGAAGCCCGCGAAUAUUCUCAUUGGCGACGGCAAGACGGUGAAGCUGGGCGAUUUUGGGCUGGUUAUGACGGAUAACCUGGAGGUUGCGAUGCCUGGGUACUUGGACCCUGAGUAUGGUGACGGCAAGAUUGCAAGGACCGCAAGUGAUGCGUACAGUUUUGGCGUUGUGCUGCUCGAAAUGGUGUCGGGGAAGCGGGCAGUGCUAAACGGGAGUGACACCGCCUUCAGCAACCAACAUAUAUCCAUCUGGGCAAACAAGCUUGUGAUGGAGGGCAAGAUCUCCAAAGUGGUGAUGGAGGGACUCAAAGCCCCACGUGAUGCCAUCACCAUGUUUAUCGGUCUCGCCAUGGAUUGCCUGAAGCGGCCUGGAGCUCUAAGACCAAAUAUGCGGGACGUUGCACAGCGCCUCACCAACAUUCUCGCCAUUGUAUCCAAUAGGAGCUAA